AUGGUGCGAGCCUUAUUUGCUCGCGCAGCAGCUCACAACGUGCUGGCGAUCAACAACAGCAAAUUUGUGUUUGCCCAGUGGGCCGUAAAAUUCGGAGGAUAUUUCGUCGACGGUAACGGUUUCCACCCGGACCCUGAGCUCAUGCGAGCCAUCCACGAGUUCCAACGUCCGCUUUCCAUCACCGACAUCCGAUCAUUUUUUUACUGUGCCAGCAGGUCGAGGACGACGCAGAAUGAUGCUGCUUUCGAUGCGACCAAAGUUCUGUUGUCAACGGUCAGUGAUUUGGCGCUUUACGACCCGUCACGGCCCACCAGCAUCCAUGUGGAUGCUUCGAGGCUCAACGGCCUCGGUUUCUUAUUAAAACAGUGCGAUGCUGCAAACGUGUGGCGUGUGGUUCAAGCCGGGUCUCGCUUCUUAUCGAGCGAUGAAAAAAGAUACGUGAUGAUCGAACUCGAGUGUCUUGGUGCUGCUUGGGCCAUGCAGAAGUGCCGACAAUUUCUGGAAGGGUUGCCGACUUUUGAGCUUGUGACAGACCACAAACCCCUGGUGCCAAUCUUAAACAGUUACGCGCUGGAAAAACUCGACAAUCCCUACGUCCUCCGUUUGCGCCUCAAAAUGCAGCGCUUUUCAUUUUUCGCUCGAUGGGUGCCCGUCGAACAAAAAAUGGAUGCCGACGCCCUGUCACGGGCACCCGUUGAUCGAGAAUCCACCGGUGACGAACUAGGCGAAAGGGUGCCCUAG